GGAGCUUCCCCUCCCCCCUCCCUCCCGGACAGCUUGCCGAGACCGCAGGGACCAAGAUGAUUUCCUUCGCGCCUCUCUCGGUGCCGCUAGAGCGGCGGCUGCAGACUCUAGCUGUGGUUCAGUGGAUUUUCAGUUUCCUGAUCUCGGGCAUAAUCUGCAUAGCCAUCUUCAUUGGGCUCUUCUUCACCCGCUUUUGGUUCCUCAGCAUGCUAUAUUCAGCCUGGUGGUACCUGGAUAGAGACACCCCAAGGAAAGGUGGGAGACAGAUCCAGUUCCUAAAGCGAUGUCGUGUGUGGAAGUACAUGGCUGACUACUUUCCUAUCUCACUCAUCAAAACAGUGGACUUGGACCCAACCCAGAACUAUAUUGCCGGCUUCCACCCACAUGGUGUUCUGGCUGCUGGACCCUUCAUCAAUUUCUGUACUGAAGGUACCAAUUUUUCAUCUUUGUUUCCUGGGAUCCGAUCCCACCUGAUGAUGCUGACUUUGUGGUUUCGAAUUCCCGUCUUCAGGGACUAUAUCCUGGCUGGAGGUCUAGUCACGUCAGAGAAGGAGUGUGUCUCAUACUUGCUGAACAAGAAGGAAGGUGGAAACUUGCUAGUGAUCAUUGUGGGAGGUGCCCAGGAGGCCCUGGAUGCUCGACCUGGAAACUACACACUGCUACUGAGGAACCGAAAAGGAUUUGUUAAACUUGCUUUGCUUCAUGGGGCAAGUCUGUUGCCAAUAUUCUCCUUUGGGGAGAAUGAUCUCUUUGACCAAAUUGACAAUCCCCAAGGGUCCUGGCUACGUUGGUGCCAGGAAAAACUGCAGAAGGUCAUGGGCAUCUCCCUCCCGCUCUUCCAUGGCCGUGGGAUUUUCCAGUACAAUUUUGGCCUGCUUCCUUACCGAAGGCAAAUCACUAGUAUUGUGGGGAAACCUAUCAAGGUGAAGCAAAAUACCAAUCCAUCCCAAGAGGAAGUGGACCGUCUGCACCAGCAGUACAUGACAGAACUAUGCAACCUCUUUGAAGCCCACAAGACCAAAUACAACAUCCCCCCGGAGCAGCACCUGGAGUUCCGAUGAGCCCACCACCUGCCAUGCUCUCCCUCUGCCCUGUCCUUGCGUGACAUCAAAAAAUAAUGGAGCCCUAACUAGCAACUGUGGUGCCAGAGCAAACAAAAGAAACAAUUCACACCCAUCUUUUUCAUACUUAGAGGAUCAUAGAUUUAGAGAAUAUAGAAUCUAGCCCCUUUAUUUUAUAGAUGAGGAAAUAGAACCCCAGAGAUGGAAAGUGACUUUCUAAGAUGACACAAUUUUGAGAUGUCAGAAACAGGAUCCAAAUUAAGGUUUCGACUCCAAAGACAACAUUUAUCUACUUAACUGCUCCAUAAUUCAUGAUGUGAAAAAAUAUCUAAAGUAGUUAAGAAAUCUUCAGUUUAGGGGUUCUGAAAAUUGGGGAAUGGUGGGGAAACUACAAAUCAAUACAACUAUUUUGGAAAGCAAUUUGAAGUCAUUCAAAUAAAGGGACUAAAAUGUUUAUGCCCUUUAUUCUAGAGAUUCUACUGUUGGUCAUGUGCCGCAAGGAGGGCAUUGAUAAAAAGAAAGGCACCCGAUACCAAAAUAUUGCUAUCAGCACUUUUUUGGCAGCUAGGAACUAAAAACAAAAUAGCUGCCCAUUUACUAGGGAAUGGCUAAACAAACUGUGUUCCAUGAAUGUAAUAGGAUGUUACUGUACUACAAGAAAUUAUAUGUGUGCUGAAUACAGAGAAAUAUGAAAAGAUCUCCAUGAAUUGAUCGAGUGAAGUAAGCAGACCCUAGAAAACAAUAUUCACAGUAACAACAAUGAGAAUGUAAAGAACAACUACAAACCAAUCAAAACUGAAAGUUGACAGAAUUACAAAAAAUAAACAACCCCAAAGAGUUAUGAGAAUAUUCCUUCCCCAAGUUCUUGGCAGAGAGGGAAGCCAUAUAGAUAUGAAAUAUCAAAUCUGUUGUCAAAAUUUUUCAAGUAUUGGUUUUUCUCUUUUCCCCCCCUUAUCUUCCUCUUUUUUUAAAAAAAGAAAUCUUUUGUUAUAUGGGAUGGUUCUCUGGGAGGUAGAAAGAGAGAGAAGCAUUCAGAGAAAAAUUCAAACAAUGUAAAGGCAAAAAUGUCAUUAAACAUUUUGUUUUAAAAAUCUUCAAUUGAAUGGGAAUGGGAAGAAAAAAAUUAGUUAUUAUAACUAUGAAUCAGAUGCCUGGGCCACACAGUUUCAUCACUACAGAAUGGAUAAUUGCUUCACUAAUUCUGAAGCUCUAGCAUUGAAUGAUAAAAAGCGAGUUCUGACCCAUAGGACCUUCUCUCUUCUGAACCUACACUGGCUGCUCUAUUCCUAGGCAUCAAGAGGCUGAAAAGUUGUUUUUAUUGUUGUUGUUUAGUCAUGUCCUGCUCUUUGUGUUGCCAGCAACCACAGAACACAAGUGCCUUCUAUCAUCCACUGUGUCUCAAAGUUCAAGUUCAUAUUUAUUUCUUCUGUGACACUAUCCAUCUCAUCUUUUCCUUUUGCCUUCAAUCUUUCUCAACAUCAGGGUCUUUUCCAGUGAGUCCUGUCUUCUCAUUAUGUGACCACAGUAUUUAAGCUUCAGUUUCAAUAUUUGAUUUCUGCUACCCAAAGGCAAUCUCAGAAGUCUUCUCCAGCACCAAAAUUCAAAAGCACUGAUUCUACAGCACUCAGCUUUCCUUAUAGUGCAACUCUCACAGCCAUACAUUGUUGCUGGAAUACCCAUAACUUUGACCAUUUGGAUCUUUGUGGGCAAGAUGAUAUCUCUGCUUUUUAAUAUGCUAUCCAGAUUUACCAUAGCUUUCCUUCCAGGAAACAAGCAUCUUUUAAUUUUAAUUUCAUGAUUGCAGUCACUGUCUACAGUGAUAUUUUAAGGACCAUGCCUAGGUGAAGGGGCAGGUCAAUUCUCAGAGAGCAUCCACAGCUGUGAAUCAUGACAUUUGAAGGAGUUGCAAAGCAGCCCUUACUUUCACAGAUGUUCCUUGUGGAUUGGGAAUAAAAUAAAAUUGGAGGCAAGAGGGAAGAGGUCAGAGAAAAGCAACUGCCUCUCAGUCUUCUUGUAUCAUCAUCAUCCUCUCACAUGAAGAGAUCCAUUCUACAGGUCUGAGUUAGACCUCAGCAGCCACUGGCAGGUGACUCCUCCUGUAUCACAACAAUCUUUGGGCCCAAGAAUAUAAAAGCUGACACAGCUUCCAACUUCUUGUUGCUCUGUUUGCCAGUAAGUAAUGGGAUCAGUUGCCAAGAUCUUAGUUUUUUUGAUAUUAAACUUCAAGACAGCUUUUACAGUCUCCUCUUUCAUCUGCAUCAAGAAGCUUCUUAAUUCUUAUUCACUUUCAGCCAUCAGAAUGAUAUCAUCUGCAUAUCUGAGACUGUUGAUAAUUCUGGCUACUGAUUUAUCCAGAAGGGCAUUUCACAUGAUGUACUUUAUAUAUUCACUCCUUAAGAAUUUUGCUGCUGUGAGACAGACCCAAUUGCUUGGCUUAAUUAUUACUCAGCAAAGUAAAUCAUACGUUCCCAAGAUGUUUUUAGUUGGUUUCUUUGAGAGGCAAUAUGGAAUAUUGGAUAGAACAAUGGGUUUGGAAUCAAGAUCUGGGUGACUCUCAGAAACUUAAUAGUUAUGAGAUUCUGAGCAAUUCUCUUGACUAUCUGGCCUGUUUCCCCUUUGUGAAAUAAAAGGGAUGGACUCAGUGGCCUCUAAGACUCCUUCUAGCUCUAGCUAGACAUGAACAAUUUUCAGAUGAUGAAAUUAAAGCCAUUUAUAGUCAUAUGAAAAAAUGCUCUAAAUCAAUAUUGAUUAGAAAAAUUCAAAUUAAAACAACUCAUCAGCAACCUCAUCAGAUUGGCUAAGAUGACAGGAAAUGAUAAUGAUAAAUGUUGAAAGGGAUGUGGGAAAACUGGGACAUUAAUGCAUCAUUGAUGGAAUAGUGAAUUGAUCCAACUUUUCUGGAGAACAGUUUCGAACAAUUCCCAAAGGGCUAUAAAACUGUGCAUACCCUUUGAUCCAGCAGUGUUUCUACUUGGUCUGUGUCCCAAAGAAAUCAUAAAAAAGGGAAAAGAACCCACAUGUACAAAAUGUUUGUAGUAGCCUUUUUUUGUGGUGGCAAAGAAUUGGAAAAUGAGAGGAUGCCCAUUCAUCAGGGAAUGACUAAGUUAAGAGUAUAUGAAAGAAAUGAAAUGUUGUUAUUCUAUACGAAAUGAUGAACAGGCUGAUUUCAGAAAAGCUUAAAAAGACUUACAUGAAUUGAUGCUGAGUGAAGUGAGCAGAACCAGGAGAACAGCUUGUACAGCAAUAACAAAAUUAUGUGAUGAUCAGUCAGCUAUGAUAGGUUUAGUUCUUAGAAAUCCAGUGAUCCAAAGUAAUUUCAAUCAAUUUUGCAUGCACAGAGAGAACUUUGGAGACAGUGCAAAUUGAAACAUGCUUUCACCUCUUCUGUUUUUUCUUUCUCGUGAUUUUCUCCCUUUAUUCUGAAUUUUCUCUCCCAGGAGACUCUUAUGGAGAUAUGUAAAAAAUGAAUUUACAUGUAUAAUUUAAAAAACAAAUAAAAUUACUGAGAUUAUGAGAGUGAAUGAAAUUGCUGAAAGAAAAGAGAGUUGGGCCCAAGACCAUGUCCUCCGUCUCCUAAUUUUACUUCUAAGAAAAACUUCCACAAUUUUCUGAUUCCCCCUCACCCAGUGACUCCCAUGUGAGGACAAUAUCUUUGAAUCCCCAGUAGAUACUUAAAUAUCUGGUUUGUUCAGGGGAGAAUUGGACCCAACCUGAAAUCGUGCUGAAGAGUCAAUUGUUUGAAAUCAGAAACAAACUUUAUAAUGCAGAUUAAAAUAAAACUGUGCUGUGUAUGCA